AUGUCUCAGCAGCAGCAUCUGGAAGAGGAGGAGGAAGAGGAAUUUGUUGACACCUAUGUGCCUGGCGAGAAGAAGUCCGUGGCGGAGUACGUGAACCUGGACGCUGAGGACGAGUCUCUGCGAAAGUGGAAGGAGGCUCUUGGAAUCACCUCCAACGUGGCAGGCCAGACGGUGGGUGAUCCUAACGACAAGCGAAGGGUCGUGAUCAUGGAGAACAGAACCUAUCUUGGUGAUGACGAGCCCAUCGUCAAGAACCUGGAAGAUCCCAAGACCAUCGAGGAUCUCAAGACUGGAACAAUCAAGAUCAAGGAGAAGAUCAAGUACUACUCUGAGAUCAAAUUCCGAGUCCAGCAUGAGAUUGUUACCGGUCUGGUCUACCAGCAGACUAUCUCUCGAAUGGGAGUGCCUAUCGAGACCCGAAAGCAGGUGAUGGGCUCAUACCCUCCCAACACCCCCGAGAACCCCUUCUAUGUCAAGAAGUUUGAGCUGCAGGAGGCACCCUCGGGAUUUCUGGUGCGAGGAAAGUACCUUGGCCAGUCAAAGUACAUUGAUGACGACGGUGUCGUUCAUGCCGAGUACCCUUUCAACUUUGAGAUCACCAAGAAAUAG